CAUUUCCUUUAAUUACAAGAGAGACUAAAUAGACCAACCCUUAAGCCCUCCUUGUCUGAAAGGAAAUUAAAUGGUGAGCUCUCGUGUGAUCUACGUCCUAGUCGCGAUUCUCGUGAUCGUGACAGCGACGGUCGAUGCCAACGGUUACGAAGACGCAUUAGGAUUCAUGGUCCAAACCGGAUCGUCCUCUAACUGUAGAGGAUCAAUCGCAGAUUGCAUACCGGAAGAAGAAGAGUUUGGACUCGACUCUGAGAUCAGUAGGCGCAUUUUAGCCUCGAAGAAGUACGUUAGCUAUGGUGCGAUGAGGAAGAACAGUGUUCCUUGUUCCAGACGCGGCGCAUCUUACUACAACUGCCAACGUGGCGCUCAGGCUAACCCUUACAGCCGCGGAUGCAGCACAAUCACGAGGUGCAGACGUUGAAAUUUGAGUUUCCUGUUUUGCUAUCUCGUUAUUGUUUGUUUGUGUUUGUUUUAUGCUUUAUAUAUGUUAUACUUAUUUCACCGACGGGGACGGAUGUGAUGGUUUCGUUGUUAACUUGUUAAACAUUGUUAUACAUGUGUUUACCUAUGUUUUUCGUGUUUUAAGCACAUUUAAUUCGGAAUCUCGU